CUUGUUUUCACCCACCGGGUCCGACAGAUGGUACUGUUGAGCAAUAGGGCUUCCGCGCUGAUUACGCAACCCGAAACCACCACCUGCACCUGUGAGGGAGAGACAGAAGAGGACACGCCCACUCUCACGCGCUCACUCACCAGGAAGUGAGCGGCCGAGCUGAGCUGCUCCGGACCGAGCGGCGGAUCAACCUCCACCUGAGCGGCGUCACAACGCGGAGGCCACGCGGAACAACCUCCACCUGAGCGGCGUCACAACGCGGAGGCCACGCGGAACAACCUCCACCUGAGCGGCGUCACAACGCGGAGGCCACGCGGAACAACCUCCACCUGAGCGGCGUCACAACGCGGAGGCCACGCGGAACAACCUCCACCUGAGCGGCGUCACAACGCGGAGGCCACGCGGAACAACCUCCACCUGAGCGGCGUCACAACGCGGAGGCCACGCGGAACAACCUCCACCUGAGCGGCGUCACAACGCGGAGGCCACGCGGAACAACCUCCACCUGAGAAGAUCCACGAGACUCGGCCUCGGUGCGUUUGGUCGCGUUUCAGCAGGUUUCCGUCUCAUGAGCUGAAGCUGCAUCCCGACAUGGCCCCGCCUCUUCAACGCCACGCGGGCCGCCCGCUGCUCGCCGUCCUGCUGCUGGCCGUCUGGACCGCAGGCGGAGCGCCGACCGGGCCGGAGGCGUCCGGCGCCCCCUCCUUCGACCCCUCUGGCGGGACCGUGGUGGCGAAGGAGGGCUCCAGCGUGCUGAUGGCGUGCAACGUGUCCGGAGGCCUGGAGGACGUGACGUGGUUCAGCAACAGAGGGCGGCGGCUUGUCUCGGGUGGGAAGUGGCUCCUCCAGGAGAACGGCGUCCUGAACAUCACGGCCGUCUCCUUCGAGGACCGCGGCCGCUACACCUGCGUGGCGCCCGGCGCCCGCCGCUCCGGCGUGACGCUGCGCGUGGCGCCCGCCGCCAGCGGCCUGGGCCUGUACUAUGUCGUCGUGUGCCUGGCGACCUUCGCCAUCAUCAUGGCGCUCAACGCGGUGCGCCUCUGCAUGGUCGGCAGCCACCUCAAGAAGACGGAGCGCGCCAUCAACGACUUCUUCCGCACCGAGGGCGCCGAGAAGCUGCAGAAGGCCUUGGAGGUCGCCAAGCGCAUCCCCAUCGUCACGAGCGCCAAGACGCUGGAGCUCGCCAAGGUCACGCAGUUCAAGACCAUGGAGUUCGCCCGCCACAUGGAGGACCUGGCCCGCAGCGUGCCGCUGCCGCCGAGCAUCAUGAGCUGCCGCGCCUCCACGGAGGAGGUCUCCGAGACCGGGCCCUCGGCCUCCAGGAGCCGGCACGCCAUCGGCCCGCCCUCCUCCUCGGAGGGGGGGGAGGGGCCGCUGCUGCUGCGUGGGGGGGGCGGCGACGUCAAAGUCUCCGUCCACACGGAGUCCGAGAAGAUGGUCGACGCGCAGGACGCCGACGCCGGGGCGAGCGUCCUCCUGCCGGGCGCACACGUCUCCUACGAGAGCAACAUCUAGGAGACAUCGAGGAGACAAUGAGGAGACAAUGAGGCGGCAUCGAGGAGACAUCGAGAUCGAGGAGACAAUGAGGACACAAUGAGGAGACAUCGAGAUCGAUGAGACAUCAAGGAGACAAUGAGGAGGUCAUCGAGGUGACAAUGAGGAGGCAUCGAGGAGACAUCGAGAUCGAGGCGACAUCGAGAUCGAGGAGACAAUGAGGAGACAAUGAGGAGACAUCGAGGAGACAAUGAGGAGACAUCGAGAUCGAGGAGACAUCAAGGAGACAAUGAGGAGACAUCGAGAUCGAGGAGACAUCAAGGAGACUAUGAGGAGGUCAUCGAGGAGACAAUGAGGAGGCAUCGAGGAGACAAUGAGGAGGCAUCGAGGAGACAAUGAGGAGACAUCGAGGAGGUCAUCGAGGAGGCAUGGAGGAGACAAUGAGGAGACAUUGAGGAGACAUGGAGGAGACAAUGAGGAGUGUUGGUGUGGUGGCAGUCAGACUGUCUCCAUGACGUCUCGUGUUCUCUUGUGAUUUAUGAGCUUGAAGGUAAUAAAGUCACCGGUCAAAGUGCA